AUGGGGCUUCUGGGAACAAUCACUGCGUACAGCAACAAAGCCUUACCGGCCAUGACAGCCAUCGUCGCCGUCUCGCUUGUAGCCAUCGCUCUCCGCUUGUUGUAUCAGUGGCUCCUCCCCAAACCCCUUCCAGGCAUCGCGCACAACGUCGAAGCCACGAAGUCCCUAUGGGGCGACGAGCCAGCAUUGUCGCGCUACCUCUCCAGCAACGGUGAAUUCAGUUCAUGGCUCGGCGAGCAAUGCCUUAAACUUGGCUCCCCAGUCGUUCAAGUCUUCAUCCAGCCAUUCAAGUUGCCGUGGAUAUUAGUAGCAGACUUCCACGAAGCGCAAGAUAUUCUCAUGCGACGAACGGAGUUUGACAAGCCCCAGUUCUUGAUUGACGGUCUUCAGGCCCUGGGUGAUUUCCACGCCAGGUACAGAACAGGCGAUGAAAGGUUCAGGGUUCGCCGACAACUGAGACAGGAUCUGAUGGCUCCCAAGUAUCUUAAUAAUUACGUUGGUCCGUUUUCUUAUGAAAAGGGACUUGAGCUCGUCAGGUUGUUUGAGGCCAAGACAAAGCUUGCAGGUGGGAGACCGUUUCGUGUUCGGGAGGAUUAUGCGCGUGCUGUUCUGGAUGUCAUGCUUCACCACGCAUUCGGGGAGAAUUAUGAUGAAUCAGCAAUGAAGCCUCAGCUAGAGCUUCUUUCCAAGAUGGAGCCUUCGUCGAUCCUGCAAGAAGGAAUUGAUGAGCCGGUGGCCUUUGCGGAGGCGCCGAGAAGCUUCUUUCUCGAAUUGCUUCAUGAGACGGCUGAGAUUAUGGAAAGGACCACUAUUUCCGCCACGCCACAGCUCAGCUUUUGGUGGUGGUCGCAGCAAAAGUGGUAUAAGAAAAUUGUUGCGGAGAGAUACCAAGUAAUGAUGCAGCAGCUUCAAAAGGCGGCUAGUAGUUUGCAAACGGGCAAGGUAGCCUCUGCGCUUGAGCACAUGAUGAUGCGAGAGGAAGCUUUAGCAAAGAAGCAAGGUCGAGAGCCUCGAUUAAUUACUCAAAACAUGGCCGAUGAGAUCUUUGCUGACCCCAUGACUGGUCACCAUACCACCAGCGCCGCAAUAACCUGGGUAACCAAAUACCUCACAGGGUAUCCCCAAACCCAAAGAAAGCUCCGAGAAGAACUGUACUCUGCAUUUCCUGCGGCAGUCGCAGAGCAUCGACCACCAACAUUCGAUGAACUGAAGAGCGCCAAACUCCCAUACCUCGAGGCCGUCAUUGAGGAAGCACGGCGUCUAACGCCAUUCGUCAUUGUGCGAGAAACAACUCAAGACACCGAAAUCCUUGGGCGGAAAGUGCCCAAAGGCGCACAAUGUUUGAUGGUCAGCGCUGGGCCGGGUAUCACAUUACCUUCUGUCCCCGUGGAUGAAAAUACGCGCAGUGUAUCAUCAAAGGCAGCAAAGCCAUGGGGCAAAUGGGACGAGUCGCGAGACUUGAAACUCUUUGAACCGGAACGCUGGCUUGUAACCAAGGAAGACGGCAGUGUUGAUUUUGACGCUACUUCGGGUCCUCAGCUUGGGUUUGGGAUGGGGACCAGGCAAUGCUGGGGCAGGCGGCUGGCGCAGUUGGUGAUAAGGACCAUCGUUGCAUUGGUGAUUUGGGAAUUUGAGAUGCUAGAUAUACCGGAUGAGCUUGGAGGGUACGCUGGACUUGAUGGGAUUUCUCGUGAGCCCGUGAGGGCCUUUGUCAGGUUGAGGAAGAUAACCAAUCAUAGAGUAUAA